UUUGCAUUAUUGCAUAUACUUUAUAAGCAAACUUGAGACAGCCACCAAAGUAUAUAUUUCACAUUUGUAUGCAGUAAUGUAAUUAAUGAUGGGAUUGGAGAGGGAAGCUCAAAGAUAUACACUAAAAUGAAAAUGACGAUGAAAUUAAACAAAGUGUUGGUGGCUCAACUAUCUUUCUUCUUCCUCAUCAUCUACCUCUGCACUGUCAUUCCUCCAGCAUCUGCUCAACAACCAGCAAACAGUAAACACCCAGUCAACAGCAGGAGUCACUAUCCUCAAGACAUACCUCAUGAGAACAAAUUCACCCAUGGAACCAAUCCCAGAGCCAAACCGGCUAGCACAAAAGGCGGUGGUCGAUCACGCUCCCCAUAUGUACAGGGGGGUGCAGGCGUAAUACCCUUCUAUGCAGCAGCUGCAGGACACGGCCGCCACACCCAUCAUAACAAAGGAAGCUCCUGUAAAACUAGAUUAGUUGCUACAGCUUUGCUAUCCAUGUCUACAUUGGCACGCCUAGUUUGUACAAGACUGCACGCGUAAGGGGAGUAACAAGUUCGAUGACUGU